AGUAUACUUCAGCUCUUGUAAUAUAAAUAGACUCACAUUCAUAUUCAGAACUAUAACCUACACAUAUUUUACAUUAUUAAGGGGAUAAUUUCAUCCAAUUACCUCACAAACAUGCAUUCAGAAUCAGUGAAAUCAAGUCCAUCUCCCCCUUCUGAAGGUCAUAAGCAUAAGAACCUGGAUAGAGAAAUCAGGGAGAUGUUAUCUGCCAUCACUCAUCGUGUCACUGAUUUUCAUAAACCGGGCUCCACCCACCAUUUGGACAAUGACGAUGAACAUGGCACUAGGAUCAUCACCCUCGCAGGAACCAACGAUGGAGCUACCCUGCGAAGCGAAUUGGAUGAAAAAUCAGGUAAAUAUUCUUCUGAUGGUGAGCCUGAAGCAUUGAGCACUUACGUUAACAGCAACUUUCAGGCCGUCAAUAACUCCAUCAUGCUUGGUGGUAGUUACCAUGCCAAUGAUCCUGGUGUGCACAUGGACAUUUCAGAUUUCACUGAGCCUCCUCAAAGUCACCAUAAAGCUGAGAAACUUGGGAAGAAGGAAAAGAAGAAAGGGAAAGAAGGUUCUAAAACUGAACAUCAUUCUGAUUAUUAAAGCUCCAUAUGUAGAGGUUAUGAUGAAAACUAAAUAUGAUGGGGUGUCAAAGAAUAAAUGCAAUCUACACCAUUUUGGGACUAGAACUUCUUUGUGUCUAUUGUUGAACUACUACGUAAUGUAUGCUUGAAAUGACUAUGUUUCCAAUAUUUAUUUUUGUUUAUUUUAUUUUUAGGCUUUCGUGCUUGUUCUCUACUUGAGUUAUUAAUCAAUCAUCAUGAGGAAAAUUACCAUUUCCA